UAACCUCCGGAUUUCAAGUCCGGCGCCCUAACCACUCGGCCAUGCUUCCUCCAGUAAUUUGCGACUUUGGAAGACCCAUUGUAGACCCCAAGAAUUUUGUUGUUGUUGUUGUUGUUGUUGUUGUUGUUGUUGUUGUUGUUGUAAUGUUGAACAUAAGUUUGCUCUUCUUCUUUUGUACAGCAAAUGGAGUUCAUUGAGUAUACAUGGCAGUCAAUGAAGCUAUCCGGCCCUGUGCUUGGUGUUGCACAAUCUGUAGGUGCAGCCACAGAGGCUGCUUCUACUAGUGAUUCCGCUAUGGAUCGCAGGCUCACAAGAUUGGGCGAGAGUUCGGAUGAGUCUGGGGCGAGCGGUUCUCGUCUGGAUUUGCCCUCCAUCUCAGAGCUCUCACGGAGAAGUGAGAGCGUGGACAGUGAAGGUGACGAAAAAGUGGUCAGCGGAGUUGAUUACGGCAAUACAGAAAGUGGAGGUCUGGAUGGAACGGGUGAUUACGACUUUACAGAGAAUGGCCACAUUGAUAUGACAAGUGAUCAGGACAUUAGAGAGAAAGACAGUAGGGACGAAAUGAACGACCUUGAUGACUCUGUACAGAAUGGUGCGCCAAAUGGAGUGAAUGUUGAUGCAGAUAAUGAAGAAGGGAGAGAAACAAUGGAUGUUCUGAAGAAGAACAGGAAAACAAAGAAAAACCUUGAGGGUGAAUCAUUGAAGGUAAAGAAAGCUAAACUCAAGGCACUUCAACAAGGAACAAGGAAAAAGAAAAUCAGAACUGGUGUAGGUAUAAAAACAAGGGGCAAGACCAAGCUUAAGACGAGAACUUCUUGAUUCGAUACGAAGUACUGAGACUGGAAAACUCCAAUCACUUAAAAGUUACUUAACGCUGAUCAAUAUUAAAGGAGCUACGUCACGUUUUGCGCAAGUUCAGUCUAGAUUUUUCAAGUUCGUCAUUUGCAAUCCGUGUCAAUCUUAUCUAUCCUUAACCACCCUUGUUCCUUAGGGGUUUAUCGUUAGCUCUUUGGUGAAUGCUUCCUGAAGUUGCGGUGAUUAUUCUCAGCAAAGUAACGUUGGUGUAUAAUAAGGUACUGCUUAUUUUUGUCCAGGGUAGAAAUUUGCGUCUUACCACAGAACAAUUUGGAGAGCUUUGUUUGCGUGAGCUACUCCAGAUUAACUUUUUUCUCGAGCUAAUAUUGUUAGAACACUACGUGUCAAUUGUCUUGAUUGGCAGAGUUCGUUGCGUUCAGACGAACCUGAUUUGUUGUCUCAUCGUUUACAACUCAUCCACUGAGCUUCGACUAAAAAGUUGUCCUUUGGAAAAGUAAAAAUGAAAAUUUGCUUGCGCUAUUGCAGACUUCUAUGUCGAAAUGUCUGAUAAAAUACACUGCUAGCCUUCGUUCUCUCUGAGCGAUACUCUGUUAGACUGUGAGCAGUCUCUUUUGCCUUAAAAUUCGCGGAGAACUUGAACGAAAAAGCGCGACAAUGCGGGAUAUUUGAGCGGCACCCGCCGCUCGAUAUCCCACGCCCGCGCUCCUCGACACUCGAAUAUCUUGUGUUUGCGUUCUUUUCGGCAGAUUUUUGAGCAAAAGAGAAACUGCUCGCAGCCUAGAUUUCUUAAAUCUUUUCUCGGUCUAAUUUCUCUGGCUUGAGAAGCUGCGUAUGUUUUUUCGCGUUGAGAAAACACAAAACUAUGAACAGUCGAGGUUUCUGACAUGCAUCCUUCAUAGGGUGUAACAAUAAUAUUGAUAAUUUUGAGUGAUGGUUAAGUGUGUCUCGUUCACUUACCUCUUCACGAAAACCUACUCGUUGGUAGGUAGCAUAAGGAAGUAGUGUGCAACUUAAAUGAUCAUAGCUAGGAUUUCGUCCACAAAUUGAAAGUUCACCUUCUAUAGCAUACAAAACAGUACCACAUAAAAAUACUGCCCAAUAGCUUUCAUUUGAAUGGUCAUACGCUAGGGUUUUAUCCACAGACUU